AUGGCGCACUCACCAGCAGGCGUUGAGCCAGCAGCAGAAGCAGCAGCAGCAGCAGCAGCACCGGAGCUGCCGCAGACGCUGCACGAGCCAAUGGCCCCAACUAACUACGGCACCUUUGAGGUCUCCGUAGAGACGGACAUAGGGGGUCGUAAGCACCAAGAGGAUAGAUUUACUGUUUGUCCUCAACUUAUUGCUGGGAGGAAUGAUACCGCCUUCUUUGGUGUCUUCGAUGGCACAGUUGGUGAUUUUGCAUCGGACUCUGUGAAGGAUUUAGUUGUUCCUCAUCUAAUAUCUAAUAGGGGUUGGCAGCGAGUAACAUCUUUGCUGCAGCAGCAGCAGCAGCAGCCAUCAGCAUCAGGGGAUGGGGAUUCAUCUAGUGGAUCUGGUGCAGCAGCAGCAGCAGCAGCAGCAGCAGCAGCAGCACUCCCUGAGGCCCUAGCACUAGCUGUGCGGUGUAUGUACUUGGGGGCAGAUGCAGAGUUAAUUGAAUUAUGCAGAUUAAAUAAUAAUGAUUAUGCUUCCUCUACCUCUGUUACUGCUAUACUUGCUGGAGGGUUUCUUGCUAUUGGACAUCUUGGAGAUAGCCGUAUAGCAUUAGGAGUAGAAGUUGAGGGAGGAGGAGUAGAAGGAGAAUUCAUGACUGUUGAUCAUAAACCUAAUAUGCCAUUAGAACAAGAAAGAAUUAUCGGUAAGGAUCUAAAGAGUUAUGGUCUAAGUGGUGACCCAGACAUUCGUAUUUUACGUUUAUUAAGAAAUCAUAGAAUAUUAAUUUUAGCAACAGAUGGACUAUGGGAUGUCCUUAAUGCUCAGCAGGCUGUACAUUUAGCUUGGCAGGCAUAUACACAUGGAGAGAAUCCAUCGGAGUGUCUAGUGCAGCAAGCAUUAGCAGAUCAGCAGCAAAAUGGUCAUUGUGCAGAUAAUGUAACAGCAAUGGUUGUUAUAUUAAAAGAUAAUUAA